CUCCCCUCGGCGCAACUUCCAGCAAAACCUAAGCGGGUACGGAAUAGAACUACCGGAAGUGUGGUAGAAAUCAAGCAAAGCAAAACCGGAAGAGUGGUGACACCAAACACGGAAGUACGACUAACCAUAGAAAUCACCAUAGAGCUGGAACAGGAAGAAGUGUAGUUCACGUGGGAGAAGAGAGGCAAAAUGUCAGCUUCCCUGCUAAGGAAGGGUCUAGAGUUGCUGGAGACUACAGGAGUGUCCACUCCCCGGCACAAGAGAGCAACUACUACCUCCCAACCCAGUAAGCCACCGCCGAAGAGGACGAGGAAGAAGUUUUCGCGGUCCAAAAGAGAAAAGGCUACAGUCAAAGGCAAAGUCACCAAGUCUGCGUUAGAGGAGUACAAGAAACAUCAGGCUGUUGACCACUUUCAGGAGAAUAUGAAGUACAUGUUGAGUAGUCAUUUCAUGACAAACAGCACCAUCACUCAAAAGGUUUUGGCCCAAAACAGAGGCAGGAAAGCUAGAGACCGCUGUCAAGAGGAGACAAAGAAGAAGCCUGAAGGCACUGUCUUCACUGAGGAAGACUUUCAGAGAUUUGAGAGAGAAUAUUUUGGGGGAGCUGGAGCAGUCUGACAAAAAAACCUGGUGCGUCACAUUAUUAGAGGGAACAUCAAAGAUGAGGAUGCUUCCUUUUUAUAAAUGAUUAGGAGCCACACUUUACUAUAGGAGGCUGAGGCAUUUUUUCAUCUAACUCAUCUGGGCCUCUCAUCAAUGAUGUCAUAGUCUGAUCUCAGAUCUGGAUUCCACGCUCUGUCACCAAGAAAACAUGAUGCCCAGUAAUUGACUACUUUGGGAUUUAUGUUUCUCUCUCUCAAAUACUUUCUCAGUUGUGUGAGAUGUUGGCUUGAACCAGAUUAUUCCCACCCACCUGCAAUAGUUAAGAGGCCUCUGGUGACUUAAAGUGCUGUUUCAUGUAGAAGAGGGAGAGAAAAAUGGAAUGUAAAUGUUGGGACAAGGGAAAGAACACUCUAUAGUGCAAGCACACAGUUAAUAUGGAGAUCUAGGUUUAGCGCAUCACAAAAUACAUCUGCCUCAGUCCUCUUUUAAAUGUAACAAACAGCAUGACAAUAGCUGAAAAAGAGUGGGAAUUAAAAGUACUGCCUUUGACAGGAAUACCACUACAAAUACUCCAUAAAUAUAUGUAUAUUGUUAUACUUGUGUCUGCCCACUUACAAAGAAAUUACAGCAGUUUACAUAUAGUUGCCUCCCACAUCCCAUGCGAUCACCCCUGAAAAGCAUCUUAAGUUUCUACAUUGAGUGUAACGUUCCUUCUGCUAGUAAAUGGAAAAAGGUCUCUAGGUGACUAUUUCUGAAAAUCAGUUGAGGCUUCCAAGCUGACGAUUGUUUCUUUUUGUUAUACCACUAAAUAGUCCAGGAAUACCUGAUGCUGCACUACUGUUGAAGCUAAAUGCAGUCUACUCACAGCACCGUGUAGAAGGAAAAAAAGUUUUAAGGACUGCAGACCUUGUGACCUUGUAAACUAGAAGUGCUCAGUGUACUUGGGCUAAGUCAUGCUGGGACUAAAUCAGGCGUUGGAGGGUAGUUGAUAAAUGUGAUUUUUUAAAUGGUCAGUAAUAUAACAAUACCAUUUUUCAUAACUGCAAAGUUGCUAUGUCAAAGUACUAGCAUGUGUGCUUUACUAGUUGCUUUUAAACAAGUUGUGGAACUGUCUAAAAUGGAGAUGGGGAAGCUGUGCCCCUCCACAUGGUGUUGGUCUAAAACUUGCAUAAUCUCUGAGCACUGGACAGGUUGCCUGGGGCUGAUGACACAUGAAGGGCCACAGGUUUGCCUCCCCUUCCUCAACAGUGAGCUGAUUAUUCAGAUAUGUACAUCAUCUGUACCUCCAUCUGUCAACUUGCUGUUUAGCACCAUCAAACAGCAGUAAUGUAAACCGUAGUUUGCUUUAAUGAGGGAUCUGUCUGUCACUCUUGCCUGGCAAUACAUUGCAUACCCAAAUCUAGACAAUGCCAUUUUAUGUAAAUUCAUGGGUAUGGUUGGUGUUAAUACCCAGCCAUAUCCUUGGGCAACUGCUGGGGCCCUUGUGCAGCACUGAGCAGCAAAGUCUAACUGCCAUAUUAAUUUCUCACAAUGCCACAAUGUAACAUCAUUCAAGGUUACUAUUAGGAAUUAAAAUGGCAGCUAGACUCAGCCACAUGGUAUGGUUUGUAGGACUCGGCAGAACUCUAUGACAGCUACAUAAGCCCAGAGGGGUUUUUGCUUAGGGCCUCCUCAAACCUGGAGCUAGCCCUGUUGGUGGGAGGUCCAGCAUCCUUGUAUUUGAGAAUGACCUUGUCAAAGAAGCAUUGUUGGCAAAAAUAACCUCUCUCCCCAAAAAGGAUGUGAAUAAUAAUAAAUAAACCAUAACAUAACAUAAACGUUCCUUCAAGUUUUCCACCUAUGUGGGCCUUUAUUAAUUUAAUCGAUUUGGGCUCAAAUUACUUGUAAAAUGUGCUUGUGUGCAGUAAAUUGUCAGAAGGUGGCAAUAGUGAAGUAACAAAUGGGGAGAGGCUGUAACUAGACAGGGAAGCCUCUGCCUUCACCAGUUUCCAGGUAGCGCCAGGAGAUCAUGAAACUGUGGAGAGUCACUGCCAGUUAGUGUUGACAAUACUGAGCUUAGAGAUGUGAAGGACCUGAAAAAAACUGAAAAAAUUCCGGGGGAAAAACAUUUUUUUCUGUAGCCUUUUCUUUCUGAAAAAUUGAAAAAAAUGAAGAAAAAAUGGAUUAUGGAAUGUUUUAACAUGAAUAAAAUGUUUAAUUGAA